CACGGCGCAUGUGAGUGACGUCAGAUCACCGGCAAGGUUCGGCUACUUUUUUAAAAUUCCUUGUGAAGUAUUCACAUGAGGUACUUGUAUUUUCUACUUAAUAAUAACAGUAAUCAUACAAUGUUUUGACUGUUGGCAGGGCGCAGAGGGCUCACAUGUUAUUUCUGUUGCCUCACUUCAGGUUUCCAUCCAGUAAAGUCACUAUAAAAAAAAAACAAGUUUAUUUGUGCAAUUUAAAAAUGCUUUACAUAAAAUAUAAAAGGCAUCAUGACAAAAAAAGACAGUACAAGCAUUUGAAAAUAAAUUUCACACAAAGUGUGUUUGCUUCCUUAGAAUGAGUCAUUUAUAUAUUAAUCAGUAACAAGUCCCCUCCCAGAGUCCGCCAUUUGCACCACCAUGUCUCUACGUAGAAUUGGCAAAUCAAGCACUGACUCUAGAUAAAGUUCACAUUUUUACAUUACCUGAAAUAAGCUGUAGGAUUUCCUCCAUGCUGGAAAAGGGAAGGAUGAGGGGAGGGGUUUUGAGUUGGCUUGUUGUAAAAUGUAACUUUACCCCUGGACUAUAUCUAAAUCUCUAAGGGACAACACUCUCACAGGCUUUGUUCUUUUGGAGGGAAUGGUAUGAGUCUUAUUUUGAUAAAGAAUGUGAUUCCUUUACAGGCUGUGCCGGUCUGGUUGUUCUCUGUUUAUAAUCAAUGAGCAUCGACCCCCUCAUGCAUCUUCGACUUAAAGACACCUGUAUUGCUUGCAACUCUAAUCAUAUGACCUGGAUGGAGUCACUACGAAUACAAAGCCCCUCUUGAAAUCAUGAUGAUGAACCCAUAAAGAACAGCAGAUACAGUAAGUCCAUGAGGAAAUGAUAAAGGUGACUGACAUGUGAUGAGAGUUUGCAGGAACGGAUGAGCAGAGUAGCAUGAAGGGUGUGUGUGAGCUGUAGGUGGAGGUUCGCCUGGUUUUCAAGCUGAUUCUCUGACACAGUAUCUAGCUCUUCGGAGGAAUAUUUGUUUCACUGCGUUCCUCACCCACCCUGUCUCUCCUCCUGCUCCCUCUCCCUUUCUCCUCAUCUCUCUGCUCUACCACUCCUGGUAUCACACUCGCUGCACUUAUUCUCCCCAACCCCUCUUCUCUUAUCUCCAUCUCUCUCUCCCCCUCUCUCGUCUCCUCUCUCCUGUGUUUCUUCCUCUCCCACUCUUUCUCUGUGAACACAGAUGCAUGCAGCAUGUGGCAGGCUGUGGCUCUGUGGCAGCUGAUGCUCGUGACUCUUCUUCGGGUAUCAGUGCAGGGUCCUCACCAGCGCUUUCUGCUCAGAGAGCUACUGAGGGACUACAACCCCAUGGAGAGGCCGGUGGCCAACGACUCGCAGACCCUCACUGUUCAGUUCUCCUUUACUCUGAUGCAAGUCAUGGAUGUGGAUGAAAAGAACCAGAUCCUCACCACAAACGCUUGGCUGCAGAUGCAGUGGUACGACCACUACCUCCAGUGGAACCAGUCAGAGUAUCCCGGGGUGAAGAACCUCCGAUUCACUCCCGAUCAGGUCUGGACACCUGAUAUUCUGCUUUACAACAGUGCUCAUGAUAAGUUUGACGCCACCUUUAAAACCAACGUGCUGGUUAACUCCAGUGGCUUCUGUGAGUAUCUGCCUCCAGGAAUAUUUAUCAGCACAUGCAACGUGGACGUGAGAUGGUUUCCAUUUGACAUCCAGCGCUGUGAACUGAAGUUUGGCUCCUGGACGUUUGACGGCUGGCUGCUGGACAUCCAGAUGAAGGAGGCAGAUGUUUCAGGAUACAUGCGCAACGGAGAGUGGGACCUAGUGGAGGUCCCAGGGGGUCGACAUGAGGUUUUCUAUGACUGCUGUGCAGAGCCCUACCCAGACGUUACCUUCGUGGUGACAUUACGGAGGAGGACCUUGUUUUACGCUCUCAACCUCCUCCUCCCGUGUGUGCUCCUCUCCUCCAUGACCUUGGUGGUCUUCCUGCUGCCUGCAAACUCCGGGGAGAAGAUCAGCCUUGGCAUCACGGUCCUGCUCUCGCUGACUGUCUUCAUGCUGAUGGUUGCAGAGAUUAUGCCCGCCACCUCAGAUUCUGUUCCGCUGAUAGGUCAGUACUUUGCCAGCACCAUGGUGAUUGUAGGGAUGUCUGUAGUAGCCACAGUCAUCGUCCUCCAGUUCCAUCACCACAGCCCAAACAGUGGACACAUGCCGCGCUGGGUGCACUUGGUUCUGCUGCAGUGGGUUCCCUGGUUUCUGCGGAUGAAGCGUCCGGGCGAGGGAGCGGACCCGACUCUCCCCAACAGCCAGGCAGACCCUCAGAGCAAGACCCUGUCCUCUCCUACCACCACUGCCACCACCACCACCAUCCCCACCCCAGUGCCCUCCAUCCUCCCACAGACCCUCAACUCCCUGCAGGCCAGCCUCGCCCAGCUCACCCACCCUCUGUCACACCCACUACCCCACAGGCCCAACUCGCAGGUUGUCAUCCUCCCUUACCCCAGCCACAGCCCGAAUCCACAAGCCCAGCCUAACGGUCAUCUGCCAUACAUGGGGUUCCAGACCUUCCAGACCACUGUGGAAGUGGAGCCUGUUCAGUGGAGCAGAAGCACCAUUCACGGGAGGGUUAACGGUGGAUUAGGUGGAGGAGAUGGAGAGGGAGCAGCAGCAGGAGGAGAACCAGCUGGAGAUACACCAGUCGACUACCACCUUGCAUCCUCCAAGUUCCCUCCACAGGAACCUGCGGUGUCAACAGAGCCCGACCCGUCAACAACAUCUCCUGGACCUUGCGGUUUCGAGGCUGUGGCUGGAGCAGGGAGAUCAGAGGCCAUGAACACCCACAGCAGCAUGGUCCAGUCAGCAGCCGUGGACAACCAGAUGCAGGCUCUCCUGGUGGAGGUGCAGUUCUUGGUGGAACGUGUCCGGGAGCAGGACCGGCAGCUGAGCUUGGCGGAGCAGUGGCAGUUUGCCGCCGCCGUCAUCGACCGCCUGUGCCUCGUGGGAUUCAGUGUUUUCAACAUCAUCUGUACCAUCGCGAUUCUCAUGGCUGCACCCAACUUUGGAGAAGCACUGUCAAAAGACUUCCUGUGAGAGGCCAAAAACCGAUAACUGAGAGAGAAGGGGACAAUAAAGGAAAAUACAGAUAUGGAUUUGUUGGAAGCACAAUUGCUGUCAAGGACACUGGGACAUAAAACAGCAAAUAUUACUUGAUCAGUGAGCUGGAUCGGACUGUGGCACAUGAGGUUUCUUUUCUUCUUUCUUCUUUUAUUGUGGAGUAUUUCCAUUUACUGUUCACACAUUCUUUCUUUUCAUUUCCGUGGAUGCUUCAUUGAUUUUUAAAUCAUGGCCAAACUUCAUCUUUGACUGAAUAAUAAAUAAAGAGAAUGAGGAUCCUAAAGUAAAGCAUGACUGUAUUCGAUUUCUAAAGAGAUGCACCAUGAAGUUGCUCAGUAGACAAACUUUACUCUCAUGUGCUGCAUGUAAAAUGUUUUUUAAACUGCUUUUACACUCAACACUUUCACGGUUUCAUUAAAACUGACUGGGCUUACUGAUCUUGAAUUGAUUGUAAAUGAGGGAGCUUUCUGAUGACGGCACAAAGCAAUUUCUCUAUGUUGUCCUGUUUUUCCACAAGGAUAUGAGAGUUUUAAUUUAAUUUCAGUUUAAUUUGUUUUCUCAAUGUUUUUAAUUAUUUUUUUCCCCAAUUUAAUGCCUCCACUCAUUGUGAUCAGUAUUCUUCUACAUGUUUAGAAAUUCCAGAAAUUGAAAACCGAAAAAUUCAUCUUCAUGAAGCCUGAAAACCCUCCAUGUAAUGGGAUGAGUUCAUUUUCUGCAUUACCUGCAACAAUCAUUAGCUUUAUAUUAUGCUGCAGUGCUUACUAUGAAACACACAAUUCAUCUAUCCCUAGAAAAGUAGCCAGUGUACUGCCGAAGGGAUCUUUAUUAUCAAUAGUUUGCCUUCUAUAAAACAACACUGUGCAAUUGCAAUAUCUGAAAAGAUAUUUCUGUGUUUUGAAAAAUACUAGUGAGUAAACAUACCAGCAAACCAUAGCUAUAAGAAAUCCUUUCUUUCAAAGCUGCAGUUUUUAUUCAUAAUGCGGACCAUCACUGUCUCCCUGGGCAGGCAUCGAUGAGGGUCAGACUGCAGAGAAAAGAAAAAUCAUAGCGGUUGUCAGCUUUCCAAGAUUCCUUUUUCAAAUGGCUUUUUAUCUUACGAACACACACACAUUCACUUGUCCAUACACACACUGUAUUCAGAGGAAUAUAAUCAGUGUGACCCCGGCUUUGAAUGAAAACCAUGGCAUCCAUUGUGCAGAGGUGUUGGACAGUUGAAAGCCAAAAAGUUGUCACGGACCGGGCUGUAAAAAAAUGUGGAAUAAACUGACCUGUCUUUUUUUACUCUCUAGACAGAUUUUCUAUUCCCUGCGGGUCACCUCGGCCUCGAUCGAAGAUUCAGCAAAGGAGGCAGAUACAAAGGGCAGGAGGAGGAGAGAAAAACAAGCCAGGGAAGGGAAGGGAAGAUGGAGGUUUAAAACACAGCAAUAAAGAGGGCAAAAAGGGAAGAAAGGGAGAUUGAGAUGGAGGGGACAGUUUGCAGAGGCACGGAGACGAUGCAGAGUGAAGGCGAGCAAAGAAAGAACGAGGUGCUUGCAUGGUUGAGAGAAAUGUGCUGAAGAAGCCAAUACGGACCAAUAACGUUUUUAACUGAUUGCUCAUUAAUGAGAGAGGGAGAGGGGGAAGGCGAGAGAAGAGGGGGUGAGGAAAGGGGUAAGGAGUGCCCCCCCCCUCGUCUGGGAUGCUGCUGCUUCUAAACCAUGCUGAGAGGUGACUGCAUAUAUAUUUUGUGAAUUGGCCGAGGGUGUCAGAUUUCAGCAAACAUUCCCAUGUGAAACGGAUGACUAUGAAAUAAUGCAAACACUUUAUAAUGAUUGAAUUUGGGUAAUUGGUGUCUUGGCAUGGCUGUACUCAAACCUUCAGCCCCUGAGGCUAUUAAUCUGGUUUUUAAACUUUUCCACUGUAGGUGCAGUAUGUGCCAGGGUAGAUCACCACUGGAGCAAUCCACUGUGCAUUUCAGAGUCAUACCGAGCUGCCCUUUGUCUGUGCAACUGUCGGGGCUGCUGAGAGAUGCAAUACCGCACAGGUAAUAAAUCUGAGAUACUCUCCUCCUCCUGAAUCGUCGGACUCGUCAACCUGCUCUGUGUCGACUCCCUUCAGAGGAGAAGCGAAAAAACAAAAUCAUGUGAACAGAGCAGGAGAGUGGGACGCAGAUUGUGUGUCCUCGGUGUCAUGGGGCCACCGCAACGUGUGGCUGCAGUUGUCGCAUAAAUGUGCACACACGGAACAAACCCACUCACACACCAAGUGGUACAGUACAAAAUCCUGCUGCAGAUCCAAUGCAGUGACCAGCACAUUCUCCUGAGACUCCCAGUUCCCGCACACACAUUUCACCAAUCACUUUAACUGCAGCACUGUCAGCUCUGUAUAGUCUUAUCUCAUGUAGAAAACCAUGGGGUUUAUAGCAGGAACGAGGGGAGUAAUACCUGAAAUAAUCUGCUGAGUUGAAUGAUUUUAUUCAAUUAAAAAUGUCAAUGACAAAUGGUAAAAA